AAUAUUUAGUAGACAAUCCGCAUAGAAAGAGGUAAAAAAACACGAAAUAAAACACAGUAGUGUAUGACUAACUGAUGGGAGGAAAAGAGAGGAUGUACUAUGUUGAGGGGGCUGGUGGCUGGCACGUGUAGGAGACUGAAAUUGGCACGACACUCACACUCACAGAGGCGCUGGGAUCGUCUUCGCACAUUUUCAAACAAGCUUUAUCGGGCAGGUUUCAUGGAGAGUAAUGGGAACAUGGUGAAGGAUGUUGAGAAACAAAUGACUCGUGUUUUGUUUUGUGGACCCCAUUUUCCUUCUUCUCAUGAAUAUACAGCACAGUAUUUGCAAAAUCAUUCACAUAUCAAGGUUGAUGUUCUCCCUUUUGAAGAUGUGCCAAAGGAUAUUGCCAACUAUCAUGUCUGCAUUGUAAAAAGCAUGAAGCUAGAUUCAGACAUAAUUUCCCGUGCAAGUCAGAUGCAGCUUAUAAUGCAGUAUGGGGUUGGGUUGGAAGGUGUUGAUAUUGAUGCUGCAACAAAGUAUGGAAUCAAAGUUGCUAGGAUCCCAAGUGAUGCUACGGGAAAUUCAGCUUCAUGUGCUGAAAUGGCCAUAUAUCUAAUGCUAGGUCUCCUCCGUAAGCAAAAUGAACUGCAAAUUUCCAUACAACAGAAGAAGCUUGGAGAGCCAACUACUGAAACUUUAUUUGGGAAAACUAUAUUCAUUUUGGGCUUCGGGAACAUUGGAGUGGAUUUAGCAAAGCGAUUGCAACCAUUUGGUGUAAAAGUUAUUGCUACAAAGCGGAGCUGGGCUUCAUAUGCACAGCACGCUAGCAAAUUAAGCAGAGAUGAUGUUGAUGAUCUUGUUGAUGUGAAGGGUAGUCACGAAGAUAUGUAUGACUUUGCAAGGAAGUCUGACAUUGUUGUUUGCUGCCUAAGACAAAAUAGUGAAACGGCUGGUAUUAUAAACAACAAAUUCAUAUCCUCUAUGAAAAAGGGUGCACUUCUGGUGAAUAUUGCUAGAGGUGGUCUUGUAGACUAUGAGGCUGUGAUCAACCACCUUGAAUCAGGUCAUUUAGGAGGGUUAGGCACUGAUGUUGCUUGGACUGAGCCAUUUGACCCUGAUGAUCAGAUAUUUAAAUUUAAGAAUGUUAUCAUGACUCCUCAUGUUGCAGGUGUUACAGAACAUUCUUACAGAUCCAUGGCUAAGACUGUUGCUGAUGUUGUUCUUCAACUUCAUGCCGGACAUCCUUUGACAGGGAUAGAGUUAGUUAAUUGAAUCAGUGCCCAUCAAUUCAUUCCAAUAUCUUCCACUUCCUGACUUUAAUAAUUUAAGAUGAAUUUUCUGAGGUGCCAAAACACUGAACAUCUUGUUAAGAAAAUUGAGACAAGGCAAUGAUUAUGUGUUGCCCAUUUGUUUCUCUAUUGUUGUAGUGAACCAAUUGUUCUUUGGUAGCGGGUUGUGGAAACUAAAUAAAGUGUAUAAUAUUACAGUAUACCAUUUUAUGAAUUUUCUAAUUUUAUUUUUCCA